GUUUUAUCUGGAUCUAUAUAUCCCUCCGCGCCUCCGCCCCGCCAUGCUCUCCCCGGGGCUCUGCGUCUCUCUGCUGGCCGCCUGCCUCGUUCUGUUCCCGGCUGUGGAGGUCCGGGCCGCCUCCUGUGAGCCGGUGCGGAUCCCGCUGUGCUGGUCCAUGCCGUGGAACAUGACCAAGAUGCCGAACCACCUCCACCACAGCACGCAGGACAACGCGGUGCUGGCCAUAGAGCAGUUUGAGGGGCUGCUGGGUACGGGCUGCAGCCAGGAUCUGCUCUUCUUCCUCUGUGCGAUGUACGCUCCCAUCUGCACCAUCGACUUCCAGCACGAGCCCAUCAAACCCUGCAAGGCCGUGUGUGAGCGGGCGAAGACCGGCUGUGAGCCCGUGAUGAAGAGAUACAACCACAGCUGGCCCGACAGCCUGAGCUGCAGCGAGCUGCCGCUGUACGACCGGGGGGUCUGCAUCUCGCCCGAGGCCAUCGUGAAGGCAGAGGGGCCAGAUCCUUUCUACCAGGACCCAGCCAGGUGUAACCCAG